AUGUCCAAACAAGAUCUUGAAGAUUUUGAAAAGGAAUCAACUUAAAAUAAAAAGUAAAGACUUAUGCCAAAAAAAGCAGAAUAUAGAAUGCGAGCUCAUAUUAAUCCAUUUAAUGAUACACCUUUUCCUUAUCCAUUAAAUCCAAAUUAUGUUGAUUGGGCACUUCAUUAUCCGAAAUUCUUUGGUUUAAGUUAAGAAGAAAAUGAAAAAAUAUAUUGUAAUACGCAAGAACAUCCAUUAAACUAUGAUAAAUUGAUUUCUGAUGAUAGGAAUGGUUUAAAUGGUCCUCAUCCUGAAUUUUUAGAUAUUGGGUGUGGAUUCGGAGGCUUAGUUUUUGAAUUAGCGAAAAACUUCCCCUAAAACUUAAUUCUUGGAAUGGAAAUUAGAGAUAAAUUAGUUAAUUUUGGCUCUGAAAAAAUAAGGGGCCUAAGAAUCGAAAGCCAAGGAACUUAAUAUAAUAACGCGGCUGUUAUUCGAACAAAUACAAUGAGGCAUCUAAUUUAGUACUUUAGAAAAGAAAGUAUUUAAAAAAUGUUCUUUUGCUUUGCUGAUCCACAUUUUAAAAAAGCUAAUCAUAGAAGAAGAAUUAUAAAUACUGGAUAUUUAUCUGAAUAUGCCUUCUUACUUUAACCUAAAGGCAAGAUUUAUUGUAUCACAGAUGUUUCAGAUCUACAUAAUUGGUAAGAAGAGCAUUUAAGUAAACAUAAUUAAUUUAGAAAAUUAAGCGAAAAAGAAUUAGAGGGUGAUAUUUGUGUUGAUUUAAUAUAAAAUUCUACAGAAGAAGGAUAAAAAGUAACUAGAAAUAAGGGGAAUAAAUGGUGCUGUGUAUUUGAAAAAAUAUGA